CGACGACAGCAGCCUAACUGUUCUGUUGUAGCCGACAACGUUUCAUGUCAUACAAAUAAACAGUAUAUUCUACAAUGGAUCCGGACAAAUCUAGCCCGUCCCCCUCCACCCUCCAGGAGUCCCCAGGUCGACCGCCUCCCGGUACUUUACUGCUGGGUCUGGUCGACUGCAGGAAAACACCGGGGCAGAGUGGAACUGAGAGAGGAGAAGGAGAAGAAGAACAUGGAGAUUUGAUUUCAUUAAGGGACAGCCCUAAUCGUUGCUCUCUCAGUGGCAGGGGCUUAUCAUCUGGGGAGCUUCAACAACAUCACAAUGCUGACAAGAAAGAGAAGAGUCUCUCCAGAUCAGAACAGCUCAAGAAACACCAGCAGAGACGUAAAGGGAAGAAACCUCACCACUGCUGCUCUGACUGUGGGAAGAGUUUUGCUAAACAGAAGGAAUUGACAAUUCACCAGCGGAUUCACACCGGAGAGAAGCCUUAUAACUGUGAUCAGUGUGGGACGAGUUUCAGGAAGUCAGGACACUUGACUACACACCAACGCAUACACAGAGGAGAGAAGCCUUAUAGCUGUGAUCAGUGUGGAAAGAGCUUCAAUCAAUCAGGAGCCCUGACUACACACCAACGCAUACACACAGGAGAGAAGCCUUAUAGCUGUGAUCAGUGUGGGAAGAGUUUUGCGCGAGAUUCCACACUGACUGCACACCAACGCAUACACACAGGAGAGAAAUCUUAUAGCUGUGAUCAGUGUGGGAAGAGCUUCAAUCAAUCAGGAGCCCUGACUACACACCAACGCAUACACACAGGAGAGAAGCCUUAUAGCUGUGAUCAGUGUGGGAAGAGUUUUGCGCGAGAUUCCACACUGACUGCACACCAACGCAUACACACAGGAGAGAAGCCUUAUAGCUGUGAUGAGUGUGGGAAGAGUUUUGCUCGAGAUUUCACCCUGACUAUUCACCAGCUCACACACACUGGAGAGAAACCUUACUCCUGUCUAUGUGGAAAGAGCUUUGCUUCUUCAGGUUUACUCAAUCUAAUUAACAUGGGAGACUCUAUUCCAGUGCAUGACAACGUCUCAGACAUGGCCAUGACCCUUACUGCAGCACAGAGAGCGGACACAGACUACCAGGAGGACAUUCACUACGCCAGCAUCCAACACAGAAAACAGGAAGUGUCUCGAUACUCCACUGCACAACUGUCUCAACCCCAGAAACAGGACGAGGAUAUCCAGUAUUCUGCUGUGAAAUUCAACCACCCCAGUGCUACUCAAUAG